CUCCUCUGCAGCCAAUCAGCAGCUGCAGAGUAGCAGGGCGCGGCUCUCGGCUGGAAGAAGGUGGGAGCGGCAGGGUAGAUGAACAAUGUCGCUGCACUUGAGAGCGCACACGAUCCUACAGUAAGGCAAGGUACUGGGAUUCUGCGAUUACAGGGCUUUAUUACAGGGCUACAGGGUUUCAUUUGGGCGGCUUACAAAAUGAUGCGCUUUCUGUUGCUGUUCAGUCGACAGGGGAAGCUGCGACUGCAGAAAUGGUUCACGCCAUUAACAGACCGGGAGAAAAAGAAGGUGAUCCGGGACAUGAUGAUGCUAGUGUUGGCUCGUCCGCCACGUUCCUGCAACUUUCUCCAAUGGAGGGACCUCAAGAUAGUUUACAAGAGGUAUGCCAGCCUGUACUUCUGUGCUGGUCUGGAGGACAAGGAUAAUGAGCUGCUUGCCCUUGAGGUGCUGCACAGAUAUGUUGAGUUGCUGGAUAAAUACUUUGGAAACGUGUGUGAGCUGGACAUCAUUUUCAACUUUGAGAAGGCUUACUUCAUCCUGGACGAGUUCCUCAUGGGAGGAGAGAUCUUAGAAACCUCCAAACUGGCCGUGGGUGUGUCUUUGGAGGAGGCCGACACACUCCAAGAGACGCUGGAAGAAUACAUGAGCAAACCUGCCUACUGAGCCAAGAGAGGACGGUGGAUGGUUCACAUUUGAAAGCAUGAAGCGAGAUGUUUAUCGCUUGGCAAUAAUGACUCUUUCAGCGUAGUGCUGUGGCCAUACAGAAACCACAAACCUGGUGAUAUUUCGACUCAGGUGUGAAGAAUAGUAAUUAUGUUUGCAUCUUUAAGUGCCUUUGAAGCCUCAUAUUUAUUCAUCUCAGGGUUUCGUGACAGGAGAAGUGACUGAAAUGAGCCAAUAUCACCUUUUUCACUUAGUAUUAGUUGUUUUGUGACUUUGUUAUAUGUUAAGACCGAUGCUUUGUGUGGUGGUGAGCAAAUGAAGAAACACUAGACAGUAAGGAAAAAAAUAAAGUCAAUGCUUUAUUUACCUCAGUUAUGUCACAUAUGACCACAUUUAAGAAAGAAUUACCAAAAAAACACAAGUGAAUCUAAAGGAUCCAACACUGGUUUUGAUUGUGUGUGCGUUGAAAUGUAAGGCUGGUGAGACACGUGUACUCAUUAAGUGUUGUUUGAGCAACCAAGUCAUCUGGAAAAAAACAAAAAGAAAAACAUCAAGAGAAUGACUGAACACUUAUAUUUCUGCUAAUAAACAGGAAAGUUUGUAAACCUACA